CAGCAGAGAAGGGAAGGAGUAUUGCUUGGAUUUAAACAGUGAAGCAACAGAACCAGGACGGAUCUCCCUGGACUCUUGGAAGGAGUGCCGUCUUAUGUGGACUUGACUUUACCUUUGGAUCACUUGUAUCCUUGAAAGUUUCACUUUGCUUCUGUCAGUGGACAUUAUGUUGAUCUUCAUGUAAACCCAACAUUGCUCACCCCCAACUUUCCCCUCACCCCGCCUACUUCACCAGCUCUGUCAUGACCAGUUUGAAGCGUUCCCAGACAGAACGCACAGUUGGGGGCUCUGUGCCGGCGACUGAUGAGUUUUUUACCCGCCGACUUCGAUUGCCUAAUGGAGGGGCACCACCACCCCGCAGUGAAAGCACCCAAAUCUCCUCUUCAUCUGCUACUGGCACCAACCCUGGUGUCCCCAAGAUGGGGGUUAGGGCUCGUGUGGCUGAUUGGCCCCCAAGGAAAGAAAGUGGAGGAGGAAGUGUUUGGCAUAUUACUGUAGAAACUGACUCUCUUAGCACCACCAACACCGGUUCUGCAGGAUCAGGAAGUGGGGAAAGAGAAAGACUUGGAGGAGGUGGUGGUGGAAGUAGCAGCAGUAGUACUAGUAGUAGUAGUAGUAGUUGUAGUAGUGCAGGAGUGUCUGCUGUCACAGCUCACAGCAAUCUGUCAGCAAAACUGGGACAUCUGAUAAGCCCACAGGAUUCGUCAAUGCUGCGCAACAUCCACAACACACUAAAGAACAAGAUGCAAAGCAAAGGAAAGGACAGUCGUUUUCUCUCACCUGAUGGAUAUCUGGGCUCACCUCGCAAAGGCAUAAGACGCAUCCGCCAACGCAGUAACAGCGACAUAACUAUCAGUGAGCUCGAUGGGGAUGGGAAUGAGGGGUGGUCUUUUUCUGGAUGGACACCUAUGCACCGUGAAUAUGGCAGCACUUCAUCUAUUGAUAAACAUGGGAUAUCAGGGGAGAGUUUCUUUGACAUGCUAAAAGGAUACCAGGCCUCCGAAGCCCCUGAUCAACGAACUCCGGCUCCAGAGAGGCUCACAGAGCUUCUUACUGUGGCUCCCAUAAAACAGGCUGCUCUGGAUUUGCCUGAUGGACCUUUGGGUCCAGCCAGAGGUAGUCCUGCCAGUCGUCUUAAAGAACGUGAGAAACACUUGAAGAGGAGGUCAAAAUCAGAGACAGGAGGAGAGUCAAUAUUUCGGAAGCUAUGCAGUGUCAAGGUUGACGGUGAUAUUUCCCGGGCAGGCUCAGAUGUUGAGGAUGGAGGGAAAGGAGAUGAUUGCUCCCUUCCUCUCACACCAUGGGUCUGUCAAAAAGGAUUUUCACACUUUGAUGUCCAGUCUAUACUUUUUGACCUCAGUGAGGCCAUCCAGAAUAGACAUUCAGGGACAAAGCGCAAGAACAUGACUACUGGUGCAUCUGCUGCUGCUGCUGCUUCGGCCAAUUCCUCUCUCUCCUCCAAUCAGAGUGGGAUAUAUGGCUCACCUUGUGGCUCACAAGAGGAACUGAGCAUCAAAGACGGUACAAGUGGACAUAGUUCCAACAUUUCCUUGGACCCUGGUGAUGACAAGAGCAAUGAACUGGUGCUUAGCUGCCCCUGUUUCAGAAAUGAGAUUGGUGGAGAGGGUGAGAGGAACAUCUGUCCUGCUAAACAGCAGGGCAGCAUAGGUGGUGGUGGGAGCCCCAACAGUUCUUCUGGCAAUACAGAGGAAGGACCGUUGGAGGGGACCCUCACAACUCAUUUCACAAAUGCUGGAGUGGCUGUGUUGGAGGCUCCCAAAGAUGGCCCAAGUCAACAUUCUGAUAGAUCCAAACGUUACAUUAUGGAACAUGUUGAUCUUGGUGCUUAUUACUACCGCAAGUACUUCUACCUGAGAGAACACUGGAACUAUCUUGGUGUCGAUGAGAACCUGGGACCAGUGGCAGUGAGUCUUAGGAGAGAGAAGUUGGAAGAACACAAGGAUCAUGGCCAGCAGUAUAACUAUAGAGUCAUCUUCAGAACUAGUGAGUUGAAUACCCUGCGGGGCUCCAUCUUUGAGGAUGCAGUACCUUCUACAUCAAAGCAUGGUCUACCUCGAGGCCUUCCCCUAAAAGAGGUGCUGGAAUACCUGGUGCCAGAGCUCAAUGUCCACUGCCUGCGCUUAGCACUCAACACACCCAAGGUUACUGAGCAGCUGAUGAAGCUGGAUGAACAGGGGCUGAGCUUCCAGAGGAAAGUUGGUAUAAUGUACUGCAUGGCAGGACAGAGCAGUGAAGAGGAAAUGUACAACAACGAAGCAGCUGGUCCUGCACUGGAGGAGUUCCUUCAUCUGUUGGGAGAGAGGGUUCGACUCAAGGGCUUCACCAAGUACCGUGCCCAGCUAGACACCAAAACUGAUUCAACAGGCACUCACUCACUGUAUACUACAUACAAGGAUUAUGAGAUCAUGUUCCAUGUGUCCACCAUGCUACCAUACACACCCAACAAUAAACAGCAGCUACUGCGAAAGCGCCACAUAGGCAAUGACAUCGUCACGAUUGUGUUCCAGGAGCCUGGUGCACUCCCCUUCACCCCCAAAAACAUUCGUUCACACUUCCAGCAUGUCUUUGUGGUUGUUCGUGUACACAACCCCUGUUCUGACAAUUGUUCUUACAGUGUGGCUGUCACUCGCUCCAAAGAUGUGCCAUCAUUUGGACCCCCAAUCCCAGAGGACGUAACCUUCCCUAAGUCUUCUGUGUUCAGAGAUUUUUUGUUGGCUAAAGUCAUUAAUGCAGAGAAUGCUGCACACAAGUCACAAAAAUUUCGUGCCAUGGCCACCCGAACACGACAGGAGUACCUCCGUGACCUCGCUGAGCGCCACACCACAAGCACACCAAUUGACCCCUCUGGAAAGUUUCCUUUCAUCUCACUUGCCCACAAGAAAAAAGAAAAAAUCCGAGCGCACGCAGGAACAGAGCUACGCAGCCUCGGGGCAGUGACGUGGGCAGUUCACACCAAGGAUCACGGAACUGGAGGCGAACUUGAGGCACUUCUAGCCAUCUCCAAUGACUUUCUCAUCCUUUUGGACCGGGAGGCCAAGGCUGUGAUAUUUAACUGUGCCACUAAGGAUGUGAUUGGCUGGAACCUGAGCAGUCCUGCUUCUUUGCGGGUUUUUUAUGAAAGCGGAGAAAGUGUGUCUCUGAGGAGUAUCAGUAACAACACAGAGGAUUUCAAAGAGGUUGUGAAACGUCUCGAGUUCCUGACUAAAGGCUGUGAGACAUCGGAGAUGACACUUCGUCGAAAUGGCCUCGGCCAGCUUGGAUUCCAUGUGAACUAUGAGGGUAUAGUGGCUGAGGUGGAGCCAUACGGCUACGCCUGGCAGGCUGGGCUACGACAAGGAAGUCGGCUGGUAGAAAUCUGCAAAGUUGCCGUAGCAACACUGACCCAUGAGCAGAUGAUCGACCUCCUGCGGACCUCAGUGUCGGUGCGUGUAGUUAUCAUCCCACCACAUGAUGAUGCCACUCCACGCAGGGGCUGUUCAGAGCUCUUCCGUGUGCCUGUUGCUGAAUAUAAAGGAAGCAGCAGUGAUAGUGGCUCCUUUGAAUACAAAUUCCCUUUCCGCAGCAACAACAACAAGUGGCAAAGGACAUCUAGCCGCCCUCAGCAAUCACUGACUGCUUCACCGCAGCCUCACACCCCAAACAGAGCCACCAGCCUCGGCAGUUCAAUGGGGAAGACUCUGUCAGCCGAGCGACUGGAGCGAGGUGCCGUCAUCCCUCGCAGUGUCAGCAGCGAUGGCCGGCCCAUGGACACCAAGAGGAUGUCCCCAGGAAGUGAGAACUAUAGCCUGGGACUUGGCCGUUCCCCUCACAACCGCAGUUCUCCCAGCAGCUUGUCUUGCUCUAGUGACACUUCAGCAGCAUCCGCUCACUGGAGGCAGAAGUCCAUGCCUGAACAAUUUGUGGGAAAUCGUCACUCUCCGUUGUCUACUGAGAGAGAAAGUGGUUCCAGUGGCAAAUCCUCUCCUAACUGGUCAAGAAUGGAGGAAGGAGGGGGAGGUGAACGAGGGUCAACAGAAGCUCCAGUCUCCAAGUCUGGUCCAGGUUACUCUGGAGCUCCCCGCAUCCAGAGGCAGGAACAGGUCAUCCACCUGUCUCCCAAGAAGGGCAGCCAGUCUGACAGUCCUUACUCUGGCCAGUCCAGCAGUAACACACUAUCCAGUACAACUUCCAGUGGCGGCCAUAGCGACAGUGAUAAAUGGUAUGAGCUGGGUGCAGGUGGCAGCACCGGUGGGGACCAGGGUGACACAGAACCCAAUGGCCUGGGAGGAGGAGGCUAUCUCCAGGGUCCCUCAGCUGAUGGCAGUACCGAGACCAGUUCUUAUGGAAUCCCUCAUCAUGUGCACCCCCACUCCCACCAUGGCAGCACUACCUCCCUGCUUGCUCCAGGUGGAGGCAGAGAGCGUGUGGCAUCCCCUUGGCACAGUCCCACUGAGGGAAGCCGCAGGAUGCUGGAGAGGUCACCGCCUGCUGCUGAGUCUGCUGGCCCUCCAGCAGAAAGGAGCCUGAACAUAAUUGGUCGAAGCCCACCUACGCACCUCCUUGUUCGCGACAGCAGCACCUACAGCCUGAGUGAUACUGGGUCCCACGCAAGCACCAGGCAUUCAGGCCACAGCUCCCCCAGAGAGGAGUCCUCUUCUUCAGCCACCUCUCCUUCAUCUCAUCCCUUUGUAUCUGCUGGACCCAAGAGCUUCUACCCCCGUCAGGGAGCGCAGUCUAAGUUCCUGAUUGGCUGGAGGAAGCCUGGAUCUACCAUCAAUUCUGUCGACUUUGGUGAUUCACGCAAGAAGUCUCCAGGAGAAAGUGGAGUAGAAGUUGUUCCAACUCCAACAACCCGGCCCUCUCUUAAGGACAUGCAUUCACCCCAGCCCCAUAUCAAAUGUACUGUGGAGGAUGAGAUGAAGAGGCGCAGUAUCCCAGACAGCCCCCCUCCACCGCGCAGGCACAAGGAAAAGAAAUCACCACCAGCGCAAACGCAGAAUCAGCAUCGUUCACUUCACCGAACGCUGUCAGAUGAAAGCAUCUACCGUGGACAGAGGCUUCCUUCCCUGAGUGACUCUGUGGGUGAACCUGCACUUGGUCCUGAUGUUCUUUUUAGCUGUUCAACACUGCCAAGGUCACCCACCACCCGCGGUGUGCCCCUCCGGCGGCCCUCAUAUAAGCUUGGUGUCAAGCUACAUGGUGACCUUUCAGCAUCUGACACAUCGUUGGUGGAUCUAGUGGAACGUCAUCGUGGACCCCUCCCUCAGGAGCUGAUGCCACUCCCAUCUUCAGAAAGGGAUAGCCCCCUGGGCUGGACACAUCUGGUAGAUGUUGCCAACACCUUUGAGAUUCAGAGAGGCUUUGGAUUUGGGGAGUCAAACCACAGAAGCAGCGGUGCCUCCAGUCCCCAACAGCCACAUAUAGAGCUGCAACAUGUUCCAAUGUCUCGACCCUCAUCAAGUGAGGGUCACAUAGGGCUGGAGAGGAAAGUGUCCAAACUAGAAGCCAUGGUAAAAAUGCUCCAGGAGGACCUGAAGAAGGAGCGUGAGGAGAAGGUGCGGCUUCAGGCUCAGAUUAAGAGGCUCUGGGAGGACAACCAGAGGCUGCAAGAGGAGUCUCGAGCAUCUGCUGCCAAACUGAAGAAGUUCACAGAGUGGGUCUUCAACACUAUCGACAUGAACUGACUUACAUGCACACAUCAGGUCCCCACGUCAGAGCACACCUCUGGACAGAGCGGCAGUGGGAGACCUGAACCCAGAAUGGUCCGUGAACUUGGAAA